CCGAUUAUUUCCACAUCACGUGAACGCAGCGCAAGACAGACACUCCUCCCUGUCAGUUGAGUCCGGAAGUGAUCCUGAAAGAGACUCACGCUGCUGUUUUUACUUCAGGGCAGAAACUAAAGAGAGCUCGUGUGGAGUGAGGUGGGUGACUUUCAGCCAUGGAGCGAGUGAUGGGAGGAGGAGUACUUCAGCUGGUUUUAGCAGGUGCCGGGGUCUGGUUGCUUUAUAGGAUCCUGGCCCGCCUCCGACGAGGAGCUGAUCUGAGGGACGCUGUGGUGGUCAUCACAGGGGCCAGCUCAGGACUGGGGAAAGAGUGUGCACGGGUCUUCCACGCUGCAGGUGCUCGGUUGGUGCUGUGUGGACGAGACGCAGCUCGUCUGCAGCAGGUGGUGCAGGAGCUCACUGCCAGCUCAACAGGCUCACAGAAGCAGACCCACACCCCUAAAACUGUGACCUUUGACCUGGCUGACGCUGCCUCUGUGGACGGAGCUGCAGAGGAGAUCCUGAAAUGUUACGGCCAGGUGGACGUGCUCAUUAAUAACGCUGGGAUCAGCUACCGGGGCAACAUCCUGGAUACCCACAUUUCAGUUCAGCGGGAUGUUAUGGAGACUAAUUACUUCGGCCCAAUCGCUCUUACUCAAGCUCUCUUGCCCUCCAUGGUUCAGCGACAAAGCGGCCACAUUGUUGUCAUCAGCAGCAUCCAGGGAAAGAUAUCCAUACCUUACAGAUCAGCAUACUCAGCCUCAAAACACGCCACCCAGGCCUACUUCGACUGCUUUCGAGCUGAGAUGGAGCGCUACGGGAUCCCGGUGACUGUCAUCAGCCCGGGUUACAUCAGAACCAACCUAUCGGUCAACGCUGUCACAGGAGACGGAUCCAAGCAUGGAGUUCUGGAUAAAACCACUGCAUCAGGUCGGGACCCCCAUGACGUGGCUCGGGUUGUCUUAAAGGCCGUCCGCCACAGAAGCAAGGACGUCGUCCUGGCUGGAACUGUGCCCUCUCUGGCCGUUUACCUCCGCACGCUGUGGCCCGCUCUCUUCUUCAAACUCAUGUCCUCCCGUGCCCGCAAGGAGCACAAACCUAAAGAUGAGUGAUUCAGGAGACAGGAAGAGGACCACAGGGGAAAGGACCAAGGGGAAGAUGUGGACAGACGCACUCCUCAGUAACUGUUUGACAGACUGUAUCAGAGCCGUUUGCAGAGUUAAGUCAAACAUCUGACUCCAGAGACUUGAGUGUUUUAAAGGAUGUCUGCUUUAUCAUUUUGACUAAUAUCUGAGGUUUGCAAUGAAGUAAUUCAACAUAAAUUAAUUUGUAAGUUUCGUUUAUCAGGUCAGAAACAUAUCCUUAAACCUGAAGCAUCACAGUUUAAUGGCUGAAGAGAACAGAUGAACGUUAACAUCCCAUUCUACUGCAGAAAAAAGAUGUUAAGCAGAUGUUUGAGUUAUCUGUGACAUGAAAAUCAACAAAACAUGCUCUUUAUACAUCACAGGAAGGAAACACUUCAUCUGAAGGGACUUACUUGCAGAAUCAAGAUAAUUUCAGGGGUUAGAUUUCCUGUUGAAAUCCAGCAGCUUUAACCAGAUCUGUCCUCUCACUAGGUGUUAUGUUACACAAUAAAACAUGAACAAAUAUCUUGA